AUGUCGUUUUUAUAUGUAAAGGCAUACUACGGACCUUGCAACACUUUUGAUACUUGCAAACAUAAACCGCAGUUGUUAACUGGUUUUAGAGAUCGUCUUCAAAAGUUGGGCUUCCGAAUAGAUCUCGUUCCGGUUCCAUUUAUCAACUAUUUCAUGCUCGAAAUGUGUGGACAUGAAGUAUUCCGCUGCAACCUGAAGCAUAUGAAAUUCAACACGAGGCCUAGCCGGGAUAAGAUUUGCAGAAGAGCCAUAGAAGCAGUAAUGACGUCAGCCGUGAAGUUCCGACGAGCUCGCGCCAUUCUCUGGUUCUGGACGGCUUUGGAUCACCAGAUGUUCAGAAGAAGUGCCUAUGCCCCGCCUGACUACUGGGCAAAAGACAUAGAUUUGGGAUUUUCAACCUGUGCAGAGUGUAUUGAAUGCUGUAAAAUCCUUGUGAAAAAACGGUCGCCUAACGAUGAUAAAGGUGAAGAUGAUAUUGAGACAUUAUCGUCGGAAUACAGUAUUUGAUCCGUUGUUUCGGUAAUUUCGAUGGAUCCCAUUUGCUAUUUCCAUUGAAUCCAGUUUUAUAACAUUCAUUCAUUUGUACUUGAAAGAAGAAAAACGUUUAAUUUAGAAACAUGACCUACGGCGUAUAAAGUAAACUUUCGUGAUAUUCAAAGCAACAAAUAUUGAAAUGGGAUCCAAGGAGAAUGAUUCAAUAUAGGUUCUAGUACCAUUUGUAGUAUUCAGUAUUUGGCAGACUGUCCAAAAUCUCUGGUAGCGUUAGCAGUGAAUAUUUUUCAAGUUAUUUUUGUAAGUACGAACAUGUCUUUAUCUUUAUUUGCUAGUCUUGUUAUUGUUAAAUAUAUUCUUUUAUUUAAAUA